GGGCUGCAUCUACAAGUUCCUGGAGACCACGAAGGACCACUUGAUCAUCCUGGGAGCUGUCGGCCUCGGACUUUCCGUCCUGGAGAUCUUCGGCAUAGUUUUGGGCUCCUGCCUUUACAUAAAGCUGCGGCAUGACUUCGACGACUGAGAAUUACUUCACCACGACAACAACAACAGUUACACGUGGUGUAGAUACGCACAAAAUCGGACCUGACCGACGUAAAGGACGUAGAGUGGCGUCCAAGAGCAGGACCCGUAAAAAGAGAGAGAACCUGAAAAAAAAAAGGAAUCCCCUCUUUCCACGGUCUUGCGAGUCCUCGGUUUUCUGCCACUCUCGUCCUUUUAUAUCAGCCUGAACUAGAAAUAGCGAUUUCGAAAGUGCUGUGAUCUUUACCUGCAUUCUCGAAGCGACCCGAUUGCGACAAUCGCGGGCGAAGACGAAGAGCGGGCUGAGUAGAAUUUCCCAGAAUUUCCCAGAAUUUCC